UUUGUAAUUCUUUGCAGUUAACGUGCGUCAGUCGCGUGUGUAUGCGCUUGAAGUCGUGUUUCUAAUGGUCCGAGUUGCACCUAGCCACUGUGGCGCCCUGAGGAAGUGAUCAGAAAAUGAGUGAAUCUGAUGCCAGGCGAGAAAUACUUCCCAAGAAAGGACUUGUAUAUUUCGAGGACGAACCGAGGUUUGUGUUUUGCAAGCCGAAACUCAUGCCCCUGAAAUCCGUGACUUUGGAAAAGUUGGAUCAGAUGCAAGCAGCUGCCAGGCAGCAAGUGAAGGACAGAAACGUUGCGCAGGAUCUUGGAUCUGACAACAAGGAGUGAGAGCUAUGGCGAUCGGGAUUCUGACAAUUGCCGUGAUUGCGUUGUUCUUCGUGUCGGGGUGUUUUCUGUAUUGGUUUGGCGAUUGGUUCAAGCAUCGCUUGAUUGUCACCGUUUCUGUGCUCAUUUCAUGGUAUUUUUCGUUCAUAAUCGUUGUCGUCCUGCCGACUGACGUUUCUUCGACCAUAUACAGGCAAUGUUUGUUCGAUCAUGGGCUAGUGAACUCAACAGACAUUUUGCGAAAUGUGACAUCGAUUACGAAUGACUCCCUCAUCUUGAAUAAUGGUUCGAAAACCUCUUUGAACGAUUCGUACGUGAAAGCAAAUGGAUCCGCAAGUGAAGACGUUUUACCUGAAUGCAUGGAACCUUGGAGUUUUGUGUCAGCGAACGUGCUGGAGAACUUAUGGCGGGUUGUUUACUGGACGUCGCAGGUGUUGACGUGGGUUAUAUUUCCAUUGAUGCAGAGCUUUUCGAAAGCUGGAGAAUUCACGUUCUUGAGCAAGGCAAGAGCUGCACUGGUGGAUAACGCCAUCUACUACGUUUCGUACCUGUUUUUGGCCGUUUCCUUUUUGAUUUAUCUUGCCGGAACUGGUGUGACUUUGGACUGGCCUAAAUUGAAAGCCAUUGCUGCAACAGCUAGCAACACCUGGGGAUUGACCUUGCUCGUGUUUUUGCUUGGUUACGGACUUGUCGAAGUUCCCAGAACUUUAUGGUUGCGCUCGCAUCGAGGCCACGUAUUACGAUACUCCUACUUUCAAGUUUCAAAGUUGGCGAUCGAAAAGACAGACGCUGAAGAAGAACUUGAGGAUAUUGUGCGGAUUUUGAAGACUCUGUCGACUCAAAUACCCGUGGGUCACCCGCUUUACUUGCGCUUGGUGGAAAUUCGAGCGAAGUUACCAGAAUCAUAUGACGCAGCCUUUUCCACGGCCAGGACUGUUAGCAGUCCUGUUUCACCGUUCGACGAUGCAAAUAACCUUUCUGAAAAAAGUCUCGUCAAACUUCAAAAGCAGCUUUUGAAAGCCUUGCAAUCCGUGCACCGCACAUCGACGCAGUGGAAAAUGUUGCUGGAAACUGUGCAAGUGGAAGAGGACAUUGCCCGGAAUGUUGCGAAUCGGGAUCGGUUGUUCAGUCGGAGCUAUCUGGUGGAUUCGGGGGGUUCAUCGUCGUCUCCGUCCUGGAUGUUGACAACUUUGCUGCCCCCGCGAGUACAGUGGUACUGGCACUGCCUGAUGAAGCAGUACGUAUUGCGAGCAAUGGCAGUCAUUUGUGCUCUGUGGACACUGGCGGUCAUUUGGUCGGAAGUGACUUUCUUCGUGGAAAGCCCGACCAUGUCUUUGUUUGCCAUCUUUCUCGGGCUGGCGAGGAACACCCACGACUAUUUCUCUGUCGAGAUUGUAUCUUUCCUGACAAUUGUGUAUUUGUGCAUCUGCACCUACUACACGAUUUUCAAGAUAAGGAUCUUGAAUUUGUAUUACAUUGCGCCUCAUCAUCAAACGGACGAGUACAGCUUGCUUUUCUCAGGAAUGCUUUUGUGUCGACUCACGCCACCGUUGUGCCUCAAUUUCCUGAGUCUGGUCCACCUUGACAGUCACGUGACGAAAUCUGUCAAGAUUCUUGAGACUUCUUACACUCACAUUAUGGGACACAUGGAUGUUAUUGAAUUCAUCUCCGACUACUUCAACAUCUAUUUUCCGAUUGGAAUUGUGAUUUUAUGUGCCGCUACCUGGUUCAGUCUUGGUUCGAGAAUUUUAUCGGUGUUUGGUUUCCAGCAGUUCAUGGCAGAGACUGAGCUGACGGAGGAUUUAGUCCAAGAAGGACAGGAACUGAGCGUAGAAGGAAGCGACCGAAUACUUCUAACCUUCCUCGAGUUAGCUCAACUUCAUCCCGAGGCGGAAGUUCAAAAAUUGGCGGAGGAGGCUCUAGUUCAGGAUUUUUCUCAUCGGCAUUGUCUCAAGCUGGAUCAGGCGGACGUCUUGACAGGAGAGUUUCGUCGUCACGUCUUCACCUCAUUCCAAACUCAGAAUCCAUGCACUAUUCUUCCGUUGGAGAGCCAAUGGGUGCUAGUGUCCCUUCCAAUAAUGAAGAUGACGCUAGGUGGAGUGGCACUUCAGUACCGGCUCCACGACACAUAUUCGAUGACGUUUGAUCUCCUAACGUAUGCCAUGAGAAUGAUUCAAGCGGAGAGUGAUUUCAGAAAUAGCUAUUUCGCAAUGGGUAAAAUUGCAAAAAAAGUGCAACCGUCAAGAAAGCCAACUGGAGAGAAGCCUCCCUUCAAAACCAUCGUGAAGAUUGCUUACAAUGACCUGCCCUUGUAUCGUCCUGUAAAAAAGGUGAAUGAGGAGUCCGUUUGUCAGGUGAACCAUGGGAAAUCCAGUGCAGUGAAGAGGAGACCGCAACAAAUCUUCAAGGCCAAAGACAGGCUAGUUAUUGGAACGCGCGUUUUGAACUCCGCGUCGGUGCGACCAAAGAGGCAAAUCAUUCUUGCCAGUCAGCCAAAAGCUGAGGGACCUGCCCCGCGAAGUGCCUUGAAAGUCCGGCGUGUUCAAGAAGCAGAAGUUUUAGCCGAAUCACGAUCUGCAAGGACUGUCAGAUUUGCUCAAAGGAGAUCUCGAUCGACGGGACAUACGGAUGUAGCUCCGGCUGAAGUCCACACCCCGAUAACUGUCCAUCACUUUCUAGCUGAGGAAUCUCAAUCUCCCCAGCCUGAUCGAAGGAAUACGCGUAAUGCGGGGUCGACUCCGUGGAAUUCGAAUAAAAUUGCUCCAAAACCCGAGACGGAAGAACAGGGUGAAACUGUGUUGGAACAAACAGAGCCAUCAGCUGUCGUUACAGAUAAACAUGAAGCGGAAGAAGCUGUGGCAUCGGCUGCCGAGCCUGAGACAACUGUCGGAAAAUCUACUCGCUCGUCGAAGAAAUCUGUUAAAAAGAGCGAAAAAGAUGAAGAAACGGACCCGCCAUAUGUUUUGAGCAUUAUAAUCGAAAUAUCGUCUUCUGCGUUUCCUAGGGCGAUGCAUGAUGCAGAAUUGAAGAAUCUUCAAGAUAUGCGGGAUAAAUGGAACUUCGUUCGCGAAGACGUUGAGGCUUGGGAUGAUGAUGAUCAAGACGAUACUGAUGAUUCCAAUCCGAAGGGUAGGAUGUCCAAGGAAGACGUGCUGACGCGAAUAAAUUCCGCUGAUUGGUCAGCAAAAAUCGUGAUGAACAAGCGAUUCUCGCAGUUCAUGGAACUCUUCGAAAAACGGACCAAUAACCCAGAUCCUGAUCGUCCGGUUUUGUUGAGCGAUUUAAAAGGCUUGUGGGACUUGAUUCAACAGCCGAUCUCGAAUGUUUAUCAAGAGUUCCGUGCCCUCGAAGUUCUGAAGGAAAAUAACUGGGUGGAGCCUGAACGUCGAAGAUCUCGGAAAGCGGUCAUCAGCAAAUCGACGCAAGGAAUCGUCAAGAAGAAGAAUGCAACGAAAAAUUCCAAGGUUUCUCGCGCCGCGUCUGGUAUGCGACAACAUAUCCUGGCUGUCAGAAAGCAGAUGGAGGAAGCAGCUCGAAGUGACACUAAUGCAGAUGAGGAGUUAGCACCCGUAGCGGAAAAGAAAGAAAUCAAACCAAGAAAGAGUCGGAAGAAAUCUGCUCGACCGUCUGCACCUGCAAUGGUAGUCGGACUUUUUGAGGAAGUUCUGGAUGACAUCGAACCCGAACAAGCAACCACAGUAGGAGCUCAUUUGGAGCCCGAAUCUGUGCGUAUGGACGAAGAUAGGGAGAAUAUUCUGCACGAAAUCAAUCCUUCUCCGGAUCGCAUUGGCAUCCACCCUUUGACUCCUUCGGAAAAGGCGUUUGAUGCAUUGGUGCAAAUUGAUGCAAGCACCAGAAGCAAACGCGUUUUGAAGGCAGCAAAUGCCGUGGACGCCACGCCAAGAACUUUGCGUUCCAAGAGAAAGUUCCAAUCAGAGAUGUGCGGUGAGGAAGAUGAUGCGUCGGUUUCCGUCGAAAUUCAUCCAACGAGGCAACUUUUACCCUAG